AUGGCCGACCCCUCAAGCUGGGUGCUGCCCGAGAAGUACUCGGACGAUCUGCUUGACGAGACGGGCGCGAAGCUCAGCAAGAGGGUCAAGGCUGUGAUGGCAGCCAAGGCUCGCGGGGAGAACCCCUACCCCCACAAGUUUGCGACCACCAUCCAGCUGCCAGCGUACGUGGCCAAGUACAAGGACCUGGAAGCCGGCGAGCAGCUGACUGACACUGAGGUCCGGCUCGCAGGCCGAGUGGAGCGCAAGGCGGCAUCUGGGGCGAAGCUGGUGUUCAUCGACCUCCGGUCGGCCGGCAGCAAGGUGCAGGUCAUGUGCGACGCCAGGAACUUUGGCGACGCUUUCCAGGGGGCCAUGAACGCCGUCAAGCGCGGCGACAUUGUCGGCAUCGUGGGCUUCCCCGGCAAGUCCAAGCGCGGCGAGCUGUCUAUCUUUCCCACCUCCCUCCGAGUCCUCACGCCCUGCCUGCAUAUGGCACCUGGCACCCGCACCGGCCUCAAGGACCAGGAGACGCGGUACCGCCAGCGCUACCUGGACCUGAUCGCCAACCCCGCCGUGUCAGACAUCUUCCGCACGCGGUCGCGCAUCAUCAGCUACAUCCGCCGUUUCUUUGACGACCGCGACUUCCUGGAGGUGGAGACGCCCAUGAUGGACAAGCUGGCGGGCGGCGCCACCGCCCGGCCCUUCAUCACGCACCACAACGAUCUCAACAUGCAGCUCUACAUGCGCAUCGCGCCCGAGCUGUACCUGAAGAUGCUGGUGGUGGGCGGCAUGGAGCGCGUGUACGAGAUUGGCAAGCAGUUCAGGAACGAGGGCAUCGACCUGACCCACAACCCCGAGUUCACGACCAUCGAGACCUACCAGGCCUACGCCGACUACAACGACGUGAUGGCCAUGACGGAGGAGCUGCUGUCGGGGCUGGCACUGCGGCUGACGGGGUCCUACGUGAUCGGCUACCACCCCGAUGGCCCCGAGGGGCCCGAGGUACAGAUCGACUUUACCCCCCCCUUCCGCCGCAUCUCCAUGGUGUCCGGGCUGGAGGAGGUACUGGGCGUGAAGAUGCCGGCGGACCUGGAGAGCGAGGAGGCGCGUCUCUUCCUCCUGGACCAGUGCCGGCGGCGCGGCGUGGAGUGCCCGCCCCCGCAGUCCACCGCCCGCCUGCUGGACAAGCUGGUGGGGGAGUUCCUGGAGACGGGGUGCACCAACCCCACCUUCAUCUGUGACCACCCCCAGAUCAUGAGCCCCCUGGCCAAGCACCGCUCCCUGCCCGGCAUGACCGAGCGCUUCGAGCUGUUUGUCAACUGCCGCGAGGUGUGCAACGCCUACACCGAGCUGAACGACCCGCUGCGCCAGCGCGAGCUGUUCGAGCAGCAGGCCGCGGCCAAGGCGGCGGGCGACGACGAGGCCAUGUUUGUGGACGAGAACUUCUGCACCGCGCUGGAGUACGGGUUGCCGCCCACCGGCGGCUGGGGCCUGGGCAUCGACCGACUCACCAUGCUCUUCACCGACACCAACAACAUCAAGGAGGUGCUCCUCUUCCCCGCCAUGAAGCCGGAGCAGGCGCGGGGGGGGGAGGCCGCCGCCCACAGCACCGCCGAGUCCAUGAGCACGGUGGGUUGGUGGUGCGAGGGCUUUGGGGGGAAUCGAGGGGCUGGAGAGUGUAUUAGGUUGCAGAGGGGGUGA